AUGAACCUGGUCAUAUUGCACCUAAUUGACCCAAAUAAAGGUAAAAGUGCAUCCAAGAUGAUCAAACGCCUUAAUGCAGAAGAUCUCUUUGUUGUUUAUGGCAGCGACCUCUCCGAUUCUGACGAUAUACUUUAUGAAUUUUCUAGUCAAUUCUCAGAAUCAAGUGAUAGCGAUGAAGACAUCUGUAUGAUGCAGUUUACUCCUCAUCAAGAUGAAGAAUCCUUUAACAUUAAAUUAAGCAGUGUUAUUGGUGAAGAAGUCCAGUUUAUGAACGAACAACUCAUUCAGUUCGCUAAACUCCAGAAGCUGAAGAAAGAAGAAGUCUACGAAACUUCCAAGGUCUCCAUCUUUUCAAAAAGGAUCCUUGAACAAUUCAGCGGUGAUAGCACUAUCGAUUACACCUCUACUGGUAAACAUGGAUUCAAUAUCCUUAACAACGACAAGGUUGCUAUAUGGCGACAGCAGAAUCCUCUCGCACGAUAUAUUCAUAUGGGCAUGGUUCAGAUCAAAAUUACCUCUCUAUUCUGCAAAGGAACUGAUCAACCCAUUCUAGCUCUUGUUAUGGAUAAUAGAUUCCAUAAUCCUAUUGAUGCCUUCAUCGGUGGCAUUCAAUCCACUCUUGUUAACAAUGUAAUUUGGUUCCAAAUUAAACCCAAUUAUUUUAUUUCUCUCACUGAUCCAAACAUUGAGAAAGUUCUCCAAGUCAAACUUCAACUUUCAAAUCUUAAAAUGGUCUUUGAUUCUCCUAGUCUUGGGAUACAGUGGAAAGUUCUUUACGAACUUACUCGUGAACCCGAAACUGCCACCAUUCCUAUAAUUGACUCAAAACUAGUCACUUUGUUCGAACCUCGUCCCUUUGACUCAGUAAUUGAACCAAAAUUAUUAAAAUGGACAGAUCUGGAAAUCCCCCGCAACUAG